UCUGCAUAGUCUCUCCCGUCGGACUCUCCUCCGGGAUGCAAGCAGCUAAGAUGAAGGGAGGUGGUUCCAAAGUGAAGGGUCGAGAUUUAACUUUCAUCUUAAUCGUGCUUGUAUGCACAACCAUCAUUAUGCUGUCAUGGGACAGAACCCCACUGCUUCUUUCCGCCUCACUUCUUCCUGCCAAAGAUCUCUUCUUGUCUUUCCUACCAAGCAUCCAGUUUGCAGAGGUAUCGCCAAACUUAACUGAUAUGGAGAAGAAAGAUAAAGUCGUCUUCACAGAAGCAGCAGGCCAAGAAGAUCAAGCUGCAGAAAAGGCUCCAAGUUUGAGAGAAGCUGCAGAAGGAGAUCCUAAUCAGAGUUUGAAUAUGACAUCACAAGGAGCUGUUGACGAGAAUACAUCGGAAGUAGGAGAUAAACGAGUUUGUAACUAUGGAAAAGGGAAGUGGGUGAGAGAUGACAACGUGCCUUUAUAUUCUGGAUUUGAUUGCAAGCAAUGGCUAGCACCAGGCUGGGCCUGUCGGACGAUGCCACGGACUGAUUUUUCUUAUGAGAUGCUCAGAUGGCAACCAAAAGAUUGUCAGUUGCAGCGGUUCAACGGCGAUGAGUUCUUGAAAAGGAUGCAGGGCAAGACCAUAGCUUUCGUUGGAGAUUCAUUAGGCGGCGAGCAGUUCCAGUCUCUAAUGUGUAUGAUCACCAGAGGGCUAGAAAGGAAUGAUGUCCUCGACGUCGGAAGCGAGUACGGAUUCACCAUCCCAAAUGAAAACGGCCGUCCUGACGGGUGGGCGUACAGGUUCACCACCACAAACACCACCGUCCUGCAUCACUGGUCUGCUUGCCUCUGCGACCUCGAACCGAUCGUCACCGAGGAUCCAAACCAGCGACACCACUACUACGCAAUGCACCUCGAUCGACCGCCAGCGUUCCUGCGCGAGAACCUGCACCGCAUUCACGUCCUGGUGAUGAACACGGCCUACCACUGGACCCGGCAGAAGCUGAUUCGGAACCGGUGGGUGAUGCACGUUGGUGGCGUCAGGAAGACCAACGAGACGCUGAGAACACUCGGGGAGGCCAAGAACUUCACGAUUCACAGCGUCGUUGGUUGGGUGAACAGCCAGCUGCAGGAGAAUCCGCAGCUGCAGGCUUUCUACCGGAGCAUUUCUCCCAGGCACUUCUCCGGUGGGGAUUGGAACACUGGCGGUUCUUGUGACAACACCACACCGAGGUACGUAGGAAAGGAGGUGGUGGAAGCCGUGUCUAGCGACCACGUCUCGAGGAGUGCGGUCCGGGGAACAGGGGUGAAGCUUUUGGAUAUAACGUCUCUGUCCAGUGUUAGGGAUGAGGGUCAUAUAUCGAGGUACACCCUGACGGCGAAACCAGGUGUGCAGGAUUGCUUGCAUUGGUGCCUGCCUGGUGUUCCUGACACAUGGAACGAAAUCCUUGUUGCACAAAUCAAAUAA